AUGAACUUGACAAGCCAGUUUAACAUAACUACCAUCACCAGUUUGCCUGGGGCGGAUGAUGAGACAAGUUUAUUUGAUACUGAAGUCACCACAGCUGAAUUAGUGGUAAUUGGUGCCGGUAUUACCGUAGCCAUUUUGGCCGUGGGAGCCAUCUUGCUACGUAUGAUCAUGCCAUUGGUCAGAGAAUCGUACAAAAAGAAGCGGAUGCUGAAAGAUGGUAUUAAAGUGGAGAAAAACAAGAAUUUAUUGGCACCAGGAACACCAUCAUCUAUGAUGUCCCGAUCAUCUCGAACUUCCAGUCGUAAUGGUGAAUGGUCGGAUAGCGGAAGUGACAGAACAAAGACUACUUUUGCUUCAGAUUCUGGAAACUACGUUCCUAGAAACUCAUCUUACGGAAAUAUUCGACCACAUAAAAUUGCCUAUCCGAUGUACCUUCCAAAUCCACAGAAUAACCCUAAAACAGAAAAUAACCCAGAAGCCGACAAACUGAAUGAUGAUCUGAUAUCUGUUAUCUCGUCCAAUUCGUUAGAACCAGCUAAUUUCGGAGAAGCAUACAGGCAGAACUGGGACCAGACAUUCGACCCAUUUGCACACAACGAUGAAAGUUUAAGCUACGUAGCCCAUGCUUCAGAAAACAGAAGUAUGCCAGAUAAACAGAAAAGUAGUGAAUGGUAUUCUCAUGAACCACCAAUGAGACGCGAUUGGGAAAGAAGUCAACAAGAAGGUCAAGUCUACAGACAUGAUAUUCAGCCAACUAAACUGACACGACUGUGAAAUUGGAUGUGAUUUCUAUUUCGUUAUCGGAACAAUCUGGAAAUACAUGAAAAUAUGUUCAUAGAUGCACAACAAAUACUGUAGCACAAGCCUUAAACAGCACAGUAGAGUCACUGGAGCGACCAGUAAUAUCUGCAUACGCCAGAAAAAGGAAAUGGACCAAGACGGCUUCAGU